AUGCAUUAUUGUAAUAAUAUUUUAAUAAAAUAGGGUUAUCGUUUCUAAAUUUCUAUUUAUAAAUAAUAGCACUCUGCUGCCUAUGAACAGUUUAACUCUAACUCUUUAAGAACCAAUGAAAUUUAACUUUGGAAAGAGUCUCGCGCUUCGGAAUACAUUUAAUAAAAAUCACUUAGGUUUAAACGAACGAACGUAACCCUACGCUAUUUCUAGUUAAAUACCAUUGCAAAAGUUUAAACGAUCCAACAGAUGCAUGGAAACGAAUCUUGAGGUUCGACUCUGAUGGGCGUAACGCGAGCAAAAUGGCUGACAUUACGGUGAGAAUCGACAAUGUCAAGUGACAGUCGGUAGCGAAAUACUGUCAAGUAGACGAUUCGAUAGCUCCUUUCGUAUACAUCACACGAAUAUUAUCUGUUGUGUUUUUUAAAUUCGGCGUGAUACAACUAUGUUAAACGACGUAUCGAAAAGAUUAUUGAAAAGCUCGGAAUCGACUGAGGCUGAUGUACGCGAGGAUGAGGAACAAGCGAAGAGAUUUCAAGAUAUUAUCGAUCUACUUCUGGCGGCAGGCUAUUUUCGAGCCAGAAUAAAAGGUUUAUCGAAUUUUGACAAGGUGAUCGGUGGGAUGACCUGGUGUAUAGAAUCUUGUAAUUACGACGUAGAUGUCGAUUUACUGUUUCAGGAAAAUCUAACCAUAGGUCAAAAAAUAUCUUUAACUGAGAAAAUUGUGGCUGUGUUACCCAACAUGAAUUGUCCAUACAGGAUAGAACCUCAUCAAAUUCAGGGAUUAGAUUGCAUUCAUAUUUUUCCUGUUAUUCAGUGGUUAGUCAAACGAUCGAUGGAAACGCGAGAAGAGACGGCCGAUUUCGUGCGAUCGUUUGCUCUGAAUCAGUUCCAUAAAAAGCACACUUUCGUUGAAGAUGCUGGUACUGCAAAGAUUGUCAAAGACAAUCUGGUACGGAACAUUCAACUGGUUAAGAAAUCGUAUGAACCUCGGCGUCUUUUCAAGUACAAAGACGGUGCUACCAGAGACGAGUCUAUUAGAUUUCUUGGUACAGUCCUAGAAUACGAAGCACCUUUAUACUUUUCUUCAAAAUCUGUUGGGUCUCCAACAGCAGCAACUUCGGACACAGCUCAGGACAGUGAUAGAAAAGAGGAAUUAAAAGAAAAAGAUCCCCCAUUGCAGGAAAAUACAGAACAAUUGGCUGAAAACCUGGCAGCUAUCGAAGAAAGUUCGACUCGUUUAAGUAUCAAAGCGGUAGGGAACAUUGUUGGGAUCCAAGCUCAAGAGAUCGCCAAAGUGGCUGAGGAAUAUACGAUGUCGACUUCCGAGAUGGAGGAAAGUGGCAGCAUAAACACUACAGCGUUGACCGCGUUGCAGAAGCAAAAGGCGGCGCUCCAAAAUCGAACGCGAAAAUUGACAAAAGAGAGAGACAGCUUGUCUGCCAAGGUUUCAGAAUUGACAGAUAAAACGAACGAAUCUCGUGCGAAACGACACAAUAUCGAGCGUUCGUUAAAAAAAGCGGAAGAAAUGGGAAUCAAUGAAAACGAUAGCGUUUACAAGCGUUUGGAAGAGCUGCUUUUGGUGCACGACGGUUUGAAGGAGCAAGAGCACAAUUUUCGAGAACAAUGUAACUCGGAUUUGAAUCUUUUGCGUGGCAAACUUCAAGAAAUCAAGAGCGGCACCUCCGAGGAGGCAGAAGACCGUGCGAAGGAGUACGCGAAACAAACAGAAGCAGUUACGAAAGCGAGAUUACAAUUGGCCACGCAGAGUAGAGCAACUGCUUACUGGGUCAGACAAUUGGACGAUGUUCCAGGACGCUCUGAACUUGCGCAAUAUCAAAAACGAUUUAUGGAACUGUACAAUCAAGUUUCGGCUAAGCAUAAAGAAACAAAACAAUAUUACACGUUGUACAAUACUCUCGACGAUACGAAGCUGUACUUGAGCAAGGAGUUAUCGUUAUUAAAUUCUAUCCAAGAUAAUUAUAACAGAGCAAUGGCAUCGACGAGCGGUAAGGAACAAUUCUUGAGACAAUUCGAAGCGAUCGUUGCGGGCGUGAAAAGCAACAAAGCGAAGGUGGAGAAACGAUGCGCCGAUGAGAAAAACAGGAGGGAUGCUCUUAGUCGACAACUCGCCACUCUGAUAGAACAACAACGCAAAUACGUUGCCGCGGUCAGGCAACUCACUAUUGAAUGUCGCAAAAAUGAGGCCUUGCUCGCGCAACUGCGUGAUUCAUACUCGCGAGGGUAACUUGGAUUGACAAAAUUAAAAAAACGAAGCUUGAAAAUGAGAUUGUUCCUUGUUAAAAUGUAUAUUUUGUAACAAAAUUUCGCAUAAACCCUCU